AACUUAUUAAAUAGAUAAUUUUGUUUGUGCAAUUGAGAAGUUACAGAGAUGGCAGAACCUGAUCCGAGUGAGUGCUCCAUUAAGGUUGUAUGUCGAGUGAGGCCUCUCAACAACUCGGAAAAAGAAAGAGGAGACUCGUGUGUAAUCAGUGUGCCCUCCGACGAACAGAUAUCCGUAUCGGGCCAACAGGGUGGUUCCAAGACAUUCACUUUUGACAGAGUCUUUAGAUCAAGUAUCGAUCAGAGGUCAGUCUACGAAAAGGCAGCUCAACCUAUUGUUUCAGAUGUGCUCAGUGGGUUCAAUGGAACCAUCUUUGCCUAUGGUCAAACCUCGUCUGGAAAAACACAUACAAUGGAAGGGGUGUUGGGAGACAAUGACUUGCAGGGAAUCAUCCCCCGAAUUGUGGGCGAUAUUUUCUCCCAUAUUUACAACAUGGACGAGAACCUGGAGUUCCAUAUUAAAGUGUGCUACUAUGAGAUAUACAUGGAGAAGAUUAGAGACUUGCUGGAUCCCUCGAAGAACAAUCUACCCAUACACGAAGAUAAGAACAAAGUGCCAUACGUUAAGGGAAUAACAGAGAGAUUCGUGGCCUGUCCAGACGAAGUAAUGGAUGUGAUUGCUGAGGGAAAAAACAAUCGACAAGUGGCUGUAACAAAUAUGAAUGAGCACAGUUCGCGCAGCCACUCCAUCUUCCAGAUCCACGUGAAACAGGAGAACGAAGUCACUCAGAAGAAACUGAGCGGAAAGCUGUACCUGGUAGAUUUAGCGGGAUCCGAAAAGGUCAGUAAAACAGGAGCAGUGGGUGAAACUCUGGACGAAGCAAAGAACAUCAACAAAUCGCUCUCCUGUCUCGGAAAUGUGAUUGCAUCUUUAACAGAGUCAAAUAAAUCUCACAUCCCUUACAGAGACUCGAAGCUGACAAGGAUUCUACAGGAGUCGCUUGGAGGCAACUCGAGGACGACUAUGGUCAUCUGUGUGUCUCCUGCCAGUUUCAACGAGAGUGAAACCAGGUCCACACUCCUAUUUGGUCAGAGAACUAAAACGAUCAAGAACGUCGUAACAGUGAACGAGGAGUUGACAGCGGAAGAAUGGAAGCGUCGCUACGAGAAGGAAAGAGACAAGAACUUCCGACUGAAGCAAUCAUUGGCAUCAAUGGCCGCCGAACUGAUGAAGUGGAGACAGGGCGAAAAAGUUUCGCCGGACGAACAACAACAACCACUGGCUGAUCUUUCAGUGAUUGCUAAUCUGACAGCCGGAGAACAGCCGGCGCCUCUGGCUCCUGGAGUGUCGCCGAGUCAGUCACUGAUGAGUAUGUUUUCGGGAAGUGCAUUGAAUCUUGCGGCUGGCUCCGGGGGUGCUUCUGCAGCGGGUGAUUCGAGUAAUCAGAGAGCAGCUGGCAGCGGAGGAGCAAAUGAUGAAGAGCUCUCGAAGCUGUACGCUCAGAUGGACGAAAAGGACGAAGAGAUAGCGACUCAGUCACAGCUGUUAGAAAAAGUCAAGGAUCAGAUGCAAGACCAAGAACGGGCACUUUCCUCAGCAAGAGGCGAAAAUGAGAAACUACAAUCUGAGAUCUCGCGUCUGCAGCGUGAACUAAGUGACACGAAGGAGGAGGUGCGAGGUGUGCUGAGUGCCCUGGAGGAGGUGGCAGGCAGUAUAGAGCAGAAGAACAAGGAGCUGGAGGACAAACAGACUGAGUUCGAGAGAGAAGCGGCACUCAACAGGGACAAACAGAAACAAGUGAAGCGAUUUGAACAAGAGAUCAGUGCCCUCCGAGACGAACUGGCCUCGACCAAAGCCAGAGUGGAGGAAAUGAUAACUGCGCUAGUGAAGGACCUCCACGUCUCCUGUCAGAUUAUUGGGGGAUCCAGCGUCGACUUCCAGCACCAAUUGGGAUCGAAUUCGGCGGGCAAGAUGGAAGAGGACUUCACAGUUGCGAGGAUCUGUGUGAACAAGCUGAAGAGUGAGAUCAAAAACCUCACCAGUCAGAACAGUUCUUUGGACCAGGCGAGGAACGAGGCCAGAGACAAAUUAACUGAAGCUGAUUCCGAGCUAGGCAAGACCAGACUGCAAAUACAACAGCUGGAGGCGCGUGUACAGAGUAUGGAGGGUGGGCUGAGUGAGUUGGAGAAGGAGAAGCGACAGCUGUUGGCUGACAUAGACGAGAAGGAUGACUCAAUCCGACACUUGCGCGCAGCCGAACUGCAGGAGAGGUCAUCGGCCGAGAAGACUCUUGCAGAGAAGGAAGGCAAGCUUAAGAGUGCCGACGAGACCAUGUCCAACUUGGAACAGGAGCUGGAAUCGCACCGGGACAAUCACGCCAAGCAGGUGGCCAAUCUGAGAGACGAACUGGCACUGAAGGGACGGGAGUUGGAUUCGGUCAGACACGAGUUCCAGUCCCUCACUCUGGCCCAUCAGUCGGCCUCGAAAGAGCUGGAGGAGGUGAAGAAACUGGAAGCGGAAAAGUCACAGAAACUGCAGCUUCUCCAAGCGGAAAUUUCGAGGAAAGAACAGGCACAGGAGGAUUUGCUGGCCCUCCAAGAGACAGUUUCAAAGGAGUUACACACUUACCACAAUUUGCGACGCAUGUUCAUCGAAGACUUGCAAGCUCGCUUCAAAAAGUUGUCGAAUGGCAAUGCACAAACGGACAGUGAUGGAAUUCCGAUUGGAUCGACGGCACAGAAGCAAAUCAACUUCCUAGAAACAAACUUGGACACCCUUACGAAAGUUCACAGACAGCUGGUGAAAGACAAUGCAGACCUUCGAACGGAGCUUCCAAAAUUAGAGCGGCGACUGAAGGUCACGGGUGAGAGGGUGAAGCACCUGGAGACUGCUCUGCGGGACGCCAAGGAGGGAGCGAUCAAAGAGAGAGCAAGAUACCAAGCAGAAGUUGAGAAAAUCAAAGAUGCAGUGAGACAAAGAAACAAGAAGCCCACCGCCGGACAGGCACAUAUUGUGAAAGCAGUUCGACCAGGACAACAGCAACAGCCUAGCAAACCAGUUCAGACUCCUCCCUCAAUUAGAGGUGGUGGUGGCAACAGUGGCAGUGGUGUUCCGGGUGGCCAGAUGACCCCUGGUGGAGUAGGAACAGGAGGAGGCAAUGUUAGUGGCAGCAAUACUCCGUCCCAGUCCCAGCCCAACAUGCCCAGAAUCACACCCGUACUGCCCAACAAAGGUCUUCAAGGGGUUGAUGAUUUCAAGAGGAACAUGAAAAGAGGCGAUAAAAAAGUAGUACCAUCGGGCCCUAUGUCUACCGAAUGAUCUUUUGUCUUCAUUGGAUGGUAGCAGCUUCUGGGAUGGUAUAUUCUCCGAGGUUUCUAGCUCAUCGCCAUCAACUCUACAAGAAGUAGAGAGCUCUGCAAAAAAGCAAUUUAAAACAAUUAAUUUCGAACCAAAAUACAUUUUUCAAAUUGGGUGCAUUUUUUGCCCAAUGCACGUCAAUGUUUAGUGUGAAAUUCUUUUAAUGGGGCUAUAACGGGCUGCCGAAGUCAUCGCUUCACCUUCUGUUAAGUAUAACGGUCCAUAAAACUAAUUUCUUCUAUGAUUAUAUUCAAUGUGAAACCCAUUCUUCUAUUUGUGCGCUAUUCUUUACAUAUCAAUCGAAUUCGAGCAAUUCACAACAUUUGCAAGCGCUUUUAUUUGAAUUAUUUUGCAUUUCAGUGAACUUUGUUAUCGCAACUCAUUUAUUCGACCUUGUUUGUGAAAAAGGGAACUAUUUUUUUACCCUUGCUCACGCACAUAACUAAAGCGGUACCGGUGCUUGUUGUUCAGCGAGUUACAUUCGAUGCUUUCUGGAUUUUGGACUUUCAGUCGUCUCAUCUAAUUGGAUGCAGUUGCGUUUAUUUAACUAAUAAGUUUUUAUUAAUUUAACCCAUAAGUUAAUUCCUAAAAGUUAUAAUGAAUUUUUAGUUGAUCAAAAAAUCGUCUAUAAUUUGGUUAUGGCAUCAUGGGCAUGUAGAGUUUGAAAAUAGUAAAUUGCGUAAUGAUUUUAGAUAGUGAACCCAUCAUGGCAAGGCACAGCAAUGCAAUUUCAGUAUAUUAUAAUCUAACUUUUA